AUGGACCAAAAGAGCACAGCCACUCUACUAGAGCUUGCUGCAAAGAGUCUGCUGAGUAAUGAGCCUGCAGCUAUCCACGCCCUGGAGGAACUCCCACGAGACCUCUUUGUUCCAUUGUUCGGUGCUGCCUUCUUGGGUGGACAUAUGAAUGUACUAAAGGAAAUGGUGAGGGUUUGGCCCUUUCGCUGUCUCCAUAUUGGGACGUUGAUUAGAGAAGAGUCAUACUAUGAAAUCUUGGAAGCCAUGAUUGAUGGUCUACAGAUUCUCCCUGCUCAGAACUCUUCCCCUCGGGGACCAAAACUGAGGAUCCUGGAUUUAAGGCAGGACCUGGAGUGUGAAACAACAUGCUCCGAGUUUAGAAAGACGACCCCUUUCUGUCCUGAGUCUUGUGUUUACUCUCAGCAUUCCAUCUUUAAAAUAAAAGAAGCCCAGAAUAAUGCCAGGAGCCUUGGGAUUGUUAAUUCAGAGUCUGAGUCACAGUCUGCCUGGGAACCCAUGGAACUACUAGUGGAUAUUUCCAUAAGUGGAACCUUGAGGAAAAAUCAAUUUCUUUCUUUCCUGCGGAGAAAAGUAGAGCAGAGCUUUGGUUCCUUGCACCUCUGCUGCAGAGGUUUGCAAAUCGAUAACAUGUCUUCUGACAGAAGUAUCCUGCGCUUUGUGGAUAUGGGAUGCACUGAUAACCUGGAAGUGAAAAAGGCUGAUCUGAGUGAAGUCACCACCCUUUUUUAUGAAAUGAUCCACCUGACCAGCCUUAGUCUGUUUAAUAUCCCAUUUAAAUCUUGCAAGGGGAGAAACUUCAAAAAUUUCCUCACCUGGCUUGGGAGGCUAGACAACCUCCAAGACAUCAGCUUGUCUUUCUUCUACCUCAAAAAUCAGCUGCAAAAACUGCUCAGAGUCUUGCCACCAGCGUUGGAUACAUUGUAUCUAUCUUAUUGUGGCCUUUCUAACAGAGAUGUCACUGCCUUGUCCCAGAGCCCUCAGGCCACCCACCUAACAAUGCUGAUUCUCAGUAACAAUGAAAUAUUCUCAGAAGCUUAUGAGCCCUUCCAAACUCUGCUGGAGAAUGUCUCUGGAACCCUGCAGCAUCUUCAGGUAAAUAAUUGCCGGAUAACUGAUUCGGCUCUCUCUGCUGUCCUUCCAGCCCUGAGCCACUGCUCCCACCUCCGUGUCCUGAGCUUUGCCCACAACCCCAUUACAAUGCCUAUGCUCAUGAGUCUUCUGCAGCAGUUAACAUCCUUGAUGGAACUAAAGCAUGUGAUUUAUCCUGUCCCAGUCCAUUGCUAUGAACAAGAGGAUUCUCAUAGCAGGUUGGACCGGCAGAAACUUGCUGAAGUACAGGCCCAAUUGAUGAUGAUGCUGCAGAAGGUACAGCGGGACGACAUGAACUGGACCACUUCACAUGAGUAA